UGCACUCUUUGUUUUGCAGGAAGGACGUGGACAAACCAAACCUGCAGCCUGCGCACAGGGACGGAGCAGUGGUGAAUCCAGAAAUGGCAGCUCAGGAGGAGUUCUUCGCGGGUAUCCCCAAGAUCCCAUAUCAGCCCAGUGCUGGGCCAGGAGAUGUCUUGUGUUUCAAACACUACAAUGCAGAGGAGGUGCUGAUGGGGAGGAAGAUGGAGGACUGGUUGAGGUUCUCAGUCUGCUACUGGCACUCCUUCUGUGGGACUGGUGCUGAUCCUUUUGGUUUUCAGACUCUCCACCGACCCUGGAAUGAAGGGACUCCAAUGGAAUCAGCCAAGAGGCGACUCUGUGCUGCUUUUGAGUUUUUCACCAAGCUUGGUGUUAGAUAUUACACAUUUCAUGACAGAGACAUGGCUCCUGAGGGCUCCACAUUGAAGGAGUCCAACAUGAAUCUGGAUGAAAUAACAGACCUGGCCCUCCAGCUGCAGAGCCAGACUGGAGUCAAGGUGCUCUGGGUCACCUGCAACCUCUUUGCCCACCCAAGGUAUAUGAACGGUGCAGCCACCAACCCUGACUGUCAUGUUCUGGCCUACGCUGGUGCUCAGGUUAAGAAGGGACUGGAUAUUGCCAAGAAGUUGGGUGCAGAAAACUUUGUGUUUUGGGGAGGUAGAGAGGGUUUCCUCUCCAUCCAUAAUACAGACGUCACUGCUGAACUGAAGCACAUGGCCAACUUCCUCAAAAUGGCUGUCAAGUACAAAGAGAAGAUUGGGUUAAAGUGCCAGUUUCUAAUUGAACCAAAACCUAAGGAGCCCUGCAAACACCAGUAUGACUACGAUGCCAUGAGUGUCAUAGGAUUCCUCAAUCAUUUUAGUCUGGAGAGUCACUUUAAGUUGAACAUUGAGCCCAACCACACCACCCUGGCAGGACAUUCCUACGAACAUGACAUUGUCAUGGCCUCUGCGUUUGGCAUGCUGGGUUCGGUUGACUCUAACACUGGUUCUCCUGACCUGGGCUGGGACACAGAUCAAUUCCCCAUGGACAUCAGGAACACCACCUUGGUCAUGAAGACCAUCAUUGAACAAGGUGGUCUGCAGCCAGGAGGCCUGAACUUUGAUGCUAAGGUGCGCAGGGAGUCCACAGACCUGGAAGACCUAUUCAUAGCUCACAUUGGAGCCAUGGACACCUUUGCAAGGGGACUCAGGAAUGCUGUACGCAUCAUCGAGGACGGGAUCAUCCCUGGUAUGGUGAAGGAGCGAUACUCAAGCUUCAGUCAUGGUCUUGGACAGAAGGUGGAGGAUGGUUCUGCCACCUUGGAGGAGAUGGAGGACUUCAUCAAGCAGAACGGUGAACCCAAAGUCACAUCGGGGAAGCAAGAAAAAUAUGAAUCCAUCUUUAAUCAUUAUAUAUAAUAAAAACGUUACCUUCCUGUGUCUGCAAAUGACGGCCUCUGUCCUUAAAUAGAAGCUGUUCUACUUCAGUGCUGGUGAGCAGACCAAACAGGGUUAAACAUGUAGAGCACUUUAAUAAUUACAGCGCUGCAUAUCUGCAGUGACUAACUAACAGAGUAUAACUACUGAUGCUGAACAGUGUAAGUAGAGAGUGGAAAUGUUUAACUAUCAGACUGAGUGACGGACUAAUUCAGGAUAACACAUUUGAAAUAUACCAGUCAAUAUUUAUCACUAGUGCUAUACCAGUGUCAUCUGGCAUUUCAUGUGACAUGUGAUAAAUAAAUUCAUGUUAGCUCAUGACUAAUGUGGAAACAUGUAACGUAAUAAAACACAUUUUCACCUUGAAGUUGAUGAGGGAUCAUGUUGUAUGUUACAGUUUAAAUUUAGACUGAAAUUAUUAAUCUCCUGAACAAUUUAAUGAUUUAAAUAAAUAAAGCAACAAAUAAAUAAAACAACAAAUCAUUGUUUUUAUGAAUAAAAAAAAUCCAUUACAUUUCCUACCUCUGUAGGCUGAGCCACCUAUGAUAGCAUUUCUAUUUCUAUGUCUAAUAUAUCCUUUAAUAUUAUUUCAGUGUGGGCCCCAUAAUCAAACCAUUUACUCUUCUGAUAUUUGGGGUCUUGUAAUUCUGUAGGCUAUUCUACCAAAUCUCCGCAAUUCAGUUUGUCAGUGUUAGAAAAUUUUGAAAAGGAGGUGGGAUAGUUCCUAUAAUUAUGUUUUCCAGGUGCAGUUCCUAUGAUCCAAUAUACGGUAGAUAUUAUUCUGUUAUUUCAAGUGUUUGUU